AUGCCUGCGGAGGCGCACCUCGAUCAAGUCGGCACCAAUCGUCGAAUUCGGAGAGCAUUGAACAAGGGCCAAUCCGGAUUGCCGCGAGAUUGGGAGCUGCUGGAGGCCAACUGGCCUACCGACUUCAAGUCAAAGAACACCACUCGCAUUCAGAAAGGACUCAGCUUCCCUAUUGGCUUCGUCCCGGGUAGCUCGGUCCAGAACAGACAAUCAACCACCCCGACCUCCAAGCCUGCAACGUCUUCGACAAUCAGCUCUACAGCAUCCUCAUCGGCCAAGAAGCCCAAGCAUGCAUUGCCUAAACCCAAAACCGGUGGAUGGUCCAAGCCUAAGUUCCCCGUGACUAGACUCGAACUGAGCAGCGACGAAGACGAUCAAGCUACCACCGACAGCGACGAUUCAGACAAGGACAAUGUGACUCAACUUCCAACCAAGCGAGACAGUGAUGGUAAAGCAAAGAUAGUAACCAUCGGCCGUGCAUCGUCCACUGUCGAAGAAGACUUUGGAAGUGGAGGUAGGCCAGCAAUGGUCGGCGGUUUAUCGUCUCUGGGACAACGCUGGAAAAAGCUCGGUCAAGAACAUGCAUUCGCUCCGCAAGAACCAGGUGGCAAUGAAGCACUACUCGGACUCUGGAAGCCAGACACCUCAAUCAGAAGAAUUGUCCUUGGAAGGGUCACCACUCACGGAACCAUCGAAUUCAUCCUGCGUGACUUUACAGGCGAUUUCCAGAAGUUUGAACCUGCCGAGCGCGAUCAACAGAGAUUCAAAUCGAACGUUCCUCUUGCAGGGGACCUAGAUACCUUAGCUGAUCGUAUUCAAUGGACCCAUGAGCUUCCAGACCACAUCACUGAAUCCGACCUCAUCAACUUCAUCUGCGACGAUACCAAAGGCAAAGGACACCCAUGGCGGGGCGCAUCCGACAUCGCGAAGACAAUGGACCUCGGUGCACUGUGGCGUCUGAUUGAAAACAAUGAUUGUGAUUUCAAGAACACCUUGGCCGUUCCAUACACUUAUGACCCUGCUCGACAAAUGGCAACUAUCUCUCAAGUUAUGGUAAUGUUCAAAGCUCAAGUCACGGACAAUGAAGAGACCAUCAAGAAGCUUGGUAGGGCUAAAUUCACGAACGUUCUAUCCCCAAUCAAAAUUCUUCAAGAUACACUCUUCAAACUCUGGCAAUCAACAUUCGAAAUCCAAAAGACGUUGAUUGAAAGUCGACGCCAGGCCUUCGUUAGUGUCACGGACGUUGGGGUGCCCCCAUCAAUUCUAGAUCUGUUCAAGAUGAACGUUGAUGGUGGUACUGUGACCUGGACACAAGGUGCACUCGAAGCAGACAUUGAAGCCGCAGUAGCUGCAGCCAAACAGGAAUCGGACGAGAAGAAGAAGCGUGAAGAGGCACGAAUCGCCGAGGAGAAAGGUCAACAACACAAUGGUACUCGCAAAGACGAUGGCUCUGCUGGAGUCAAUGGGAACGGUGACGCAUGA